AUGCGUAAAAAGAAAAAAGAUGAGAGCGACGAUUCUUCAUCUGAUUCAGAUUCCUCAGACUCGUCUUCAACAGAUUCUUCAUCCUCGGAUGACUUGGACAGAACUUCACUACAGACGCUUCACCAACAACAACUCUUCGACAUCUUCAACAUCAACUAAAGUCCCUCUGGGCAACUCAAGUCCCCCUGCCUUCGUGCAGGGGGCAACUCAAGUC